AUGCCCGGACAUACGCCGCAUAGAACACCUCUUAAACGUGUCUCCCAAGGAUCUCUCUUCGCUCUCUCGCGAUCAGGCAACAACCCUGAUGCACCUCAUGGCCUUGGCUUCAUCGAGCCUGUAAUGGCAGAGCUAGUUGACGAAGUUGAGGCGCUGCAGGCGAAUGUAGAGGGCCUCAGGAACCUCAGCAACUCUCUGAGGACAUUCAAUGAGAGCUUCGCAAGCUGGCUAUAUGUCAUGGACAUGAACGCCCUUACGGUGGACUGGCCGCAGGCUCCAACGGACGCGUCGUUCCGGCUGGCUAAGCGACGAGCAGAGGAAAACGCCCGUUUGGCUGAAGAAGCUGCUCUGAAAGCAGCAUCAGCUGUUCCGCCGCCGCCAGACUCAGAGGCAGACAAGACGACAUUCAGCGAACACCAAGAGUUUGAAACGACAUACACAACAAAUGCUACGACAAGGAAUACUUCUACUAGCAUUGCGAAGAGCACAUCGACAGGCAUUCCCAGGAAGAAGGCUAAACCAAAGCUCACUGCGAAGGAGAAAAAGGAACGAUCGGUGAGCACUGAUACAUGGGGUCUUCGACGUAACAUGGAAUCUGUAAUAGAAUUCAUGAUGGACAGCGAUGGACGAGGCAUCAAACUCAUCGAGCUCAUCAAACCUCCCGAUCUCAAUCAGGCACGUGUCAACAAAUGUUUGAUUGCUUUAGUGAACCGGAAGAUUGUCCAAAAGGAAAACAGUACUGGCACAGUACUUUACCAUUGGACCGGGUUAUCGUGA